AUGUCAACUCCCAAUAAUCAAUUUCUCGACGUCAUGUUGGCGAACCUCGGCAGAACCUUCAUCGCUCUCGCCCAAAGCAGGUCUUCGUCCGAACUCGUUUGUUCAACAGCAAGUGCGAUGAGCCCUCAUCCACCAUCAAAAGCAGUCGACGGGAUGACGAACGAAACACGACAGUACGAACUCAUUCUGCUUGGAGCUACUGGAUACACUGGGAAGCUCGUUGCAGAGUGGAUCACCACUCAACUUCCACCGGAUCUCAAAUGGGCAAUUGCUGGCCGAAAUGCGAAGAAGCUCCAGGCUGUCGUGGAUGAGUUGACGGAGCUUAGUCCCAAUCGCAAACAGCCAGACAUUGAAACUUGCGAGAUCGAUCCUGAGCAGCUGAAUGCUCUCGUUGUCAAGACCAAGCUUCUAGUCACGACCGUUGGGCCAUUCAUGCAUUAUGGGGAACCUGUUCUCGCUGCCUGCGCCAAUAAUGGCACCCACUACUUGGACAGUACUGGCGAAGUACCCUGGAUCUAUGACAUGAUUGCGAAGUACGACGAGGUCGCGAAGAAGAAUCACAGUAUUAUCAUACCCGAGUGCGGUCUGGAUUCUGUGCCAGCAGAUAUCAUGGCGUACGUCUUGGCAAGAGAAGUCCGCAAGCGAUACAAUACAGCCUGUGAGCGUGCCAUUAUGACACUCUACGACUUCAAGUCUGGCGUUAGUGGAGGUACAGCUUUGACCAUGCUUGAGCUGUUCAACAACUACUCAUUGAGUCACCUCGGAAAGAGCAUGCACCCGUACUCUUUGUCGCCUGUCAAGGCGGCCCAAGUGGUAGGCCCGCCGAAGGGAAGCCUUCUCUACCGUCCCUUUGGUCUCCUGUCCAUCCCUGAGCUAGGUGGUGUCCAGACGACUGGACUUAUGGCUAGUGUGGAUGAAUGCAUUGUGCACCGCUCCUGGGGUCUUUAUGAGUCUUCGAGCGAUCGCAACCUGGCUUACGGCUCAAAGUUUCGCUUCAACGAGUUCGCACGUGCGACGGGCUUCCUUACAGGCUUGGCUCAAAAGCUGGCGCUUGGCCUCACAGCCGUACUCCUAGCCAUCCCCUUGUCGAGAUGGAUUCUUGCACCAGUCCUCAAGAAGUUCGUCAUUCCUAGCCCAGGCAGCGGGCCUACAAAGGAAAGUAUGAAAAAGGAUUUCAUGAACUACCGCGCUGUGGGGAUCGCAGAGGAUGGUAGAGGCAAGGUGAUGGCACACAUGGAUGUUGCCCACGGUGGAUAUGUAGCGACAGCCAUUACUCUGAGCGCCGCCGCUCAAGUGAUUAUUCGGGGCCGUCUGGAAGACACGGAAGCUGGAAAGCUAGGAGGUGGUAUCUUGACGCCGGCGACACUAGGCGACCAAUACGUCAAGACACUGAACGAGUUCGGUAUGAAGAUCAGAGUUGACGAUUGA